UGUCACUAAACCUAACCUAAGAGUGCGUGUACAAUUCUCGCCCUUUAAAUGCGUUUAUUUCGCGCUUGAGCCAAGUAUGGAGGCUCCAACCCCCGCGAGUGCCCCACCCGAUGAUGACGACGAAAUCGUGAAAGAGAUCCCAAUUUUUAACUCCACGCGCCUCCAGAACAGCCUCUACCUGUUGCGGUACCCCCUCUUGUCGAAAAAAUGCACGAAUGAGUUGACCAUCAAACGUGGUUUUUUCAAACCCAGUAACCAGGAGGUUGAGCUGGAGAUGGCAAUUGAUGUGGCGUCCUCGAAUUUCGAUAGUGAUCGGGCCGAACUGAUCGCUCAGGAGAUCGACGGGGCGCCGGAGGAGCGCAAAACUAGUAAAAUUCAUUUUGAAAAUGAUCUGGUCGAUAAAGUUAGUCUGAAGUCGUCCAAAGCGGUCAAAGAGCCGAGUAAAUACGCCGCGUUGGCAUACACAGGCCGGGAGAUACAUUUGACGACGUUGCGCAACAUAUUUCAGUUCAGGCCCAGUUUUAAUUACCUUGAUAGAGGUGCGAAAAAACGGAAAGAUGCAGAUCAUAACGAUUUGAGCGAUGAGGACGAGGCGGGGCCGAGCACUGCCGAGCUGAUCACCGUCAAGUUCAAGCAGAGUGAUGAUCGGUGGAAGAAAUCCAAAAAUGACAAAGUUUCGGAGAUGAAAAGUGUCGAUGAAGCUUGGACGAACUGUGAAGUGCACACGGAAAAUAGUUCUUUGAGUAAAGUGGAAAAGUUGAAACUGAUUGCGGAAAAUACCGAACCCACGGGCCAGGCUAUGAAUUUGCCAGACUUGGAUUAUAUCCGGGUUUUGGUUCCUGAAGAUGAGGGGCAAGGGACAACAGAGCCGUCUUCGCCCUCUCACAUCAUGUCUUUGCACACUUUGAGGGCGUCCCCCAUUCUAGAACAGUGCCGGGUUUUGCUCAAAGACGCCCAAAUCAUACAAUUCCAACAACUGUUGAUGAUUCUAGCAGGGGGUGAAGGUCUGACGGCUGAAACCUUGUUGAAGAACUUGCCCAAGGUGGCUGUCCUAGUUAGGGGUAAUUGGGUGGUGAAAAGUGAAGUGUUGUACCCCAGUAACACGUUUUCUUCAACUAGUGGGGUCCCCGCUGAGUUGAUGUGCCGGACACGGGAUUAUGUGUUGUAUUUAUUCACUAAAAAUCAGUACGUUGAGCGGAAAAAGGUCUCCUCGGUGAUGAAGAUCCCCUCGGAAGAGGUGAAGGAAAUCUUCACGGGCUUCUCGCGUCUUCGUCAUAAUAAAGGCUGGGAGUUGGUGUUGCCCACUGAUAACGAUUUUAUCUUGAAACAUGGCGAUAUAGUGCAAAGACAGGGCGAGGCGUGGGAACAGAAGUUUAAACAGUUGAGUGAGUUUUUAAAAGACAAUAAACGGCAAAGACGGAAGAGUAAAAGUGUGAGUGAAGAUUGUAAAAUGCGGAACGGAGUGAGUUCGGAUAAUGAUUCCGGGACGGAAAAAAAUAAAUCGCCGGUGGCGGCUAGGAAAAAAAUUGCCAAGGUGCAGGAGAAUACGUCGUGAUUGGGGCUUUCGACGAGUUGAAAUGGCUAUAAUGAGGAUUUGUAUAUCUCGGGACGGGAAUACAGGUAAAAAUGCGAAAUGUAACUCGUUAAAUGACUGUAAUUUGUAUUCGUUGGAAACGAGAAAGCUGCAAAAUGUUAAAUUAAUUUAUUAUUAAGACGAAAUAAAGAAAUACUUUUUUAA